UUUCAGGAACUUGCCUUGACGAGGAGAGGACAGCGCGAGCACGGGGAGGCCAGGCAGGACAGAGGCCCCAGCAUGGGGAAACUGAGGUUUGGAAAGGCGAAGUAACUUGUCCAAAGUCACAAAACUGAUGAGCAUCACACUGGCGCUAUGGCAAGGCCAAGGACCUGCAGCCCAAUUACAGCUGCCCUGAUCAUCCUGCUGCUCCCGGGAAGCCUGGAGGCGUGCGGGCACAUCAGCCUCUCGGCCCCCAUUGUACGCCUGGGGGAUUCCGUCACAGCCUCCUGCAUCAUCAACAAGAAUUGCAGCCAUGUGGGCCUGGAGUCACCAAUUCUGUGGAGAUUGGGAACAGAGCUUCAACCUGGGGGACAGCAACGGCGCCUACCCGAUGGGACCCAGGAAUCUACCCUCACCCUGCCCCACUUCAACCGCACUCAGGCCUUUCUUUUCUGCUGCAUGAACUGGGGCAACACCCUGCAGAUCCUGGACCAGGCUGAGCUUCGAGCAGGCUACCCCCCCGCCAUACCCAGCAACCUCUCCUGCAUCAUGAAUCUCACAACCUACAACCUCACCUGCCAGUGGGAACCAGGACCUGACACCCACCUGCCUACCAACUUCACCCUAAAGAGUUUCAAGAGCCGGGGCAGCUGUCAGACCCAAGAGGACUCCAUCCCGGACUGCAUAGCCAAGGACAGGCAGAGCCACUGCUCCAUCCCACGCAAACACCUGCUCUUGUACCAGAAUACGGGCAUCUGGGUUCAGGCAGAGAAUGCACUGGGGACCAGCAUGUCCCCACAGCUGUGCCUUAAUCCCAUGGAUGUUGUGAAACUGGAGCCCCCCAUACUGUGGGUUGAGGAGCCCAGCCCUGAGGCGGCGUCACCCCAGCCAGGCUGCCUGUGGGUGCACUGGGAACCUUGGAAGCCCAGUCUGCACAUAAGUCAGAAGUGUGAGCUGCGCUACCAGCCACAGCCCGGAGACGCCAGCUGGACACUGGAGGGCGCGCUGCCCACUGAGACCCUUCAGUAUGAGCUCUGCGGGCUCCUCCCAGCCACAGUCUACACGCUGCAGAUGCGCUGCAUCCGCUGGCCCCUGCCUGGCCACUGGAGCAACUGGAGUCCCGGACUCAAGCUGAGAACUGCCGAAGGCACCCUCAAGGUCAGGCUGUACACGUGGUCACGGCAGAGGCUGUUAGACAACAGGACAGUGGAUGUGCAACUGUUCUGGAAGCCAGUGCCCCUGGAGAAAAACAAUGGGCAGAUCCAAGGGUACCUGGUCUCCUGGAGACCCUCGGGCCAGGCUGAGGAAGCCCUGCCCCUCUGCAACACCACAGCGUUAGGCUGCACCUUCCGCCUGCCUUUGGAUGCCCAAGAGGUGGCCCUUGUGGCCUAUAACUCAGCUGGGGCCUCUCCUCCCACUCCAGUGGUCUUCUCUGACAAGAGAGGCCCAGCCCUGACCAGACUCUCUGCCACGGCCCGAGACCCUCACAGCCUCUGGGUGGGUUGGGAGUGCCCCAACCCAGAGCCUCAGGGCUAUGUGAUCGAGUGGGACCUGAGUCCCCCCAAACCCAGCAUCAGGAACAAAACCUGGAGGAUGGAGCAUAAUGGGAGCGUCACAGGGACUCUACUGAAGGAAAACAUCAGGCCCUUUCAGCUCUAUGAGAUUGCAGUGACUCCCCUAUAUCCGGACGCCAUGGGACUCUCCCAGCACAUCUAUGCCUACUCCCAAGAGAUGGCCCCAUCCCAUGCUCCAGAGCUGCAUCUAAAACACAUUGGGAAGACCUGGGCGCAACUGGAGUGGGUGCCCAGCGCCCCUGAGCUGGGGAAGAGCCCCCUUACCCACUACACCAUCUUCUGGACCAAUGCUCAGAACCAGUCCUUCUCCACUAUCCUGAAUGCCUCCUCCUACGGCUUCAUCCUCCGUGACCUGGAGCCCGCCAGUUUGUAUCACGUCCACCUCAUGGCUGCCAGCAAGUGGGGGGCCAUCAAUGGUACAGGCCUCACCCUGAUGACUUUGGCCCUAGAGGGCUCUGAGCUACACAUCCUCCUGGGCCUGUUCACUCUCCUGCUCUUGAUCAUCUGCCUCUGUGGGAUUGCCUGGCUCUGCUGCAGCCGCAGCAGAAAGAAUCCUCUCUGGCCAAGUGUCCCUGACCCAGCCCACAGCAGCCUGGGCUCCUGGGUGCCCACCAUCAUGGAGGAGGAGACCUUCCAACUGCCCAGCCCUCGGGACUCUGGCAUGUCACCCAUUACCAAGAUCACGGUGCUCAAAGAGGAAGAAAAGAAGCCAGGGCCCUGGGAAUCCAGUGACAGCUCAGAAACCUGUGGCCUCCCCACCCUAGUCCAGACCUAUGUGCUCCAAGGGGACCCAAAAGCACAGGCACAGUUCCACUCCAGCACAAGCGAUCAGAUCCUUUAUGGGCAGGUGCUGGGCAGCUCCACAAGCCCAGGGCCAGGGCACUACCUCCGCUGUGACUCUACUCAGCCCCUUUUGGGAGGCCUCACCCCUAGCCCCAAGUGCUACGAGAACCUCUGGUUCCAGACUAGUCCCUUAAGGUCCCCUGUACCCUCACCCCCAAGCCAAGAGGAUGACUGUGUCUUUGGGCCGCUGCUUGACUUUCCCCUCCUGCAGGGGCUCCGGGUCCAUGGUGUUGAGGGGCUAGGGGGCAUCUAAGACUUCCUAGGACUCCCUACCUAGGCCUGCCUCUUAAAAGGCCUGAACUAUCCAGAGGAGAGGGUCAGUAAGCCCACCACUAAAACUACGCCAGCCCUAGCAAAGACAGAAAGGCGUCCAGUCUCUCCCUGCCUCUGAUCCCCAGUACCCUCGGGACUUGGACAUAGGCUGGGCCUCCCUGGCAACCUGCACACUGUAAGACUUAAACAAUGCUCUGUCCAGCACCACCCACUGGCCUUUUGUGCUUGUUUCCUAUA